CCCGGUUUGCGCACCCGGUAAAGCCCGGUGGUUUUGAUUGUUUAGCAACGAUGUAAUGUGUGUGAUGUGUAUCCGUAUCCUUUUCGGACCCGCGUUGUUUCCGGCUCUGCCGAUGGCUGCUGGUUUGAGCUACGAGUCACCAUCAUGUAUGCGUUUAAAGUUUUCCUUCUGAGCGGAGUUGUCCGCACCGCCUGGAUGGCUCCACACGUCAAGUAGACAUUUAGUCAAGUUAGUCGUCACUCUCGGCGUCGUCGUCGUCGUCGGCAGCAAUGAAUGGCAAACCCAACGUGUCCUUUCAUGUGAAGUCAUUAUUUUCACAACUCAUCCAGUGUGCGUGAACAUCGGUUAGUAGCGUUUCCCCCAAAAACUACCCUAACCGACCGACCACCAGAACUCGCCUCUGUGCUUAUUUGUGUUCUAUAUAUGCUUCUAUAUAGAAUCGCCAUGUGCUGCAACGUUGAGAGAGAUAACCUGUCGAAGGAGCGAGAGGUGAUCGACAGAUGGAAGUGCUACUUCAACAGACACUUGAACGGAGCAGAUACAGGAGACAUUGGACCGGACGAAGGAAGCAGGAGAGAACUGCACUACAACAGCCAGCAUGACAAUGACGAAGUGCUCCCGCCAUCCUUGGAUGAAAACAUCAGUGCCAUCAGACUGCAGAAAACCCACAUAUCGGCUGGCAGCGAUGGGCUGGUGGCAAAAGUGUUUAAGCUAGGGCCGAAGAGGCUUGCCGCGGUCAUGCAUGGGCUGAUUGUCACGAUAUGGGACCAGGAAGAACUACCGGACGAGUGGAAGCUGGGUGUCAUUCACCCAGUGUACAAAAAGGGCGACUCAUACUCUUCUGUAGACUUUCUUUCCUUGCUACAGAUUUCUUCGGAAGCUUCCACUUUCCGGAAGCUGGAUUUUUUGGAGACAAAUUCUUGACCGACCAAAUCUUCACUCUACGGCAGAUCCUCCAGAAGGUCUGGGAGCACCAGAUCUCCACGCAUCACCUGUUCAUCGACUUCAAGGCAGCCUACGAUACCAUAGAUCGGACCAAGCUAUGGAACAUCAUGCGGCAGUACGGUUUCCCUGUGAAACUUGUACGGCUGUUGAGUUCUACUAUGGACGGUCUGCAUUGCAAUGUGAAAGUCUUGAACAUGAUGUCAGAAUCGUUCGAAUCUCAACGGGGACUGAGGCAAGGGAACAGACUAUCUUGUCUGUUGUUUAACAUCGCUCUCGAAGGUUCCAUGUGAAGCGCGGGCUUCGACAUCAAGGGCACGUUUUUCACCCGGUUUCUCCAAUUCCUUGGCUUCGCGGAUGACAUUGACAUCAUCGAACGGACAUCUACACUUCAGGGGAAUCGUGCCUACUACGAGCUCCACAUACUCCUGAGCCAUGGACCGUGUUCCCUGGAAACGGAUUGGACACCAGGCCAUGUAUUUUAGACGUUCUCCAUAGGUGCUCCGGCCAAGAAAGAAGAAGAAGAAUAUGCUAAUGUGAAAAGACAAUCAAAUGAAGUCUUGAUGAGCAAGACACCAAUUUUAAAAUAAAAUUAAGUAAU